AAUAGAUACAAAUGCAUGAAAUUUUAUCAAUUCUUUGUAUCUCAACUUAUCUGCUUAGUUGCACGUGGAUUGCUUCAUACAUUCCCAAAUCCCAACAAAUUUUUUGAACAAUAUAAAGCUUGGGUCAAAAUCGUAACUGGUAAUGAAAACUAUUAUAGUUUUAAUUAUAAAAAAUACAGAGUAUGUGACCGACAUUUCACUCAAAAAGAUAGAACCAGGAGUAGUCGUCUCAAUGUGUUAGCAAUACCAUCAUUGUUUUUACCUGCUCAUACUAUUCUAAAUGCUCUUCCCGGAAGUGAAGACCGUAGCAUGGAAGUCUCAAGCAACAUUAGAGAUUUAACCUUAGACACGAUGACGACUACAUGGUCUAUGGGUCCCGGAACUUAUGAAGUACCUCUAUCUUUAUUCGCUAAAAACCGCGAGAGGUUGUCGAAAACACUAAAAAAAGGUCAAAUAGUUGUUCUACAAGGAGGAGAUAGUAUAAAUCAUUAUGAUACAGAUGUAGAAUAUGUUUUUAGACAGGAAUCAUAUUUCACAUGGAUAUGUGGUGUUAGAGAGCCCGGCUGCUAUUUUGCGUUAGAUGUUACCACCAAGAAAGGUCACCUGUUUGUACCGAGGUUACCUGAUGAGUAUGAAGUCUGGAUGGGGAAGCUCCUCACAUGCCAACAAUUCAAGGAAAUAUAUGCUAUCGAAGAAGUUCAUUAUGUUGAUGAGCUUCAAGAUAUAUUAAAACAAUUGAAUCCUGAAGUACUUUUGACACUUAGUGGACCAAACACUGACAGUGGACUUACAGCUAAAGAAGCGGUUUUUGAGGGAAUUGAUGAAUUCAAAGUUGAUAAUGAGACGUUGUUUCCUAUUAUCGCAGAGUUACGCGUUAUAAAAACUCCCGAAGAGAUAGAGGUUAUGCGCUACGUUUGUAAAGUUUCCUCCGACGCACAUAAAGAGGUGAUGCUGUACGCGAGGCCGGGGCGCAUGGAGUACCAGUGCGAGGCGGUGUUCCUGCAGCACUGCUACCGCGCGGGCGGCUGCCGGCACGUCUCCUACACCUGCAUCUGCGGCUCCGGAGACAACGCCGCCGUGCUGCACUACGGCCACGCCGCCGCGCCCAACUGCAAGAUGCUGCGGGAUGGCGACAUGUGUUUGUUCGACAUGGGCGGUAACUACGCGGGCUACGCGGCCGACAUCACCUGCUCCUUCCCCGCUAACGGGAAGUUCACUCAAGACCAGAAACUCAUCUACGAGGCAGUGCUGGCUGCCAGGGACGCUGUAUUCAGAGAAGCGAAGCCGGGCGUGAGGUGGCCCGACAUGCACCUGGCGGCCAACAGAGCGAUGUUGGAGCAUCUCAAGAAAGGAGAACUGCUCAAAGGUGAUGUAGAAGAUAUGAUUGAGGCGGGUGUGAACGGAGUACUGCAGCCGCACGGUCUCGGACACCUGUUAGGGUUAGACGUACACGACGUGGGCGGCUACUUGUCCAACUGUCCUGAACGCCCCACUGGACCACUGGCACGACUCAGGACAGCACGUGUUCUGGUACCAGGGAUGGUACUCACUGUGGAACCUGGAUGCUAUUUCAUACCUAAGUUGUUAGACAAAGCACAGAAUGAUCCAGCUCAAGCGAGAUUCUUUAACUGGGAGAGGAUGAACAAGUCCCGAGGCUUCGGAGGAGUUCGCAUUGAAGACGAUGUGCUCAUCACAGACACUGGUAUUGAAGACCUCACUAGCGUUCCCAGGACAGUUACCGAAAUCGAAGAAUUCAUGGCUGGUGGUGCCAAUUUUAAAUAAGUGAAAUAUUAUAUUAUGAAAUCAUUAAUAUUAUCCAUGUUAUAUAGACGUACUGUUUUUUUUUUAUAAUUUUAUGUAUUGUUUUUGAUGAAAUAAAUAAAACACAUGUA